AAAACUAGCCGUUACCACCUCUCUCUCUCUCUCCCCUCUGGAAACAACUCUCUCCCCCUCAAAUCAAAUCCACAGCAUUAAACAUUCAAAGAUUCUUUUUUUAUAUAUCCAAUUCAAGAAUCAAUCAAGUUUAACCCAUGAUCAGCACCUCGGCUAAAGAAUCCAAGGCCGCAAGCAAGAAGUUGGAUUCCUGCUCUCCAAUACCAAGCAGACCAACAAAUCCCAUUUCAAGAAACUCAGAGAUUAAUCCAAUGAGGAGAAGUUUCAGUGGAAGCCCAUUUUCUAAACCUUCUAUUAUUUCCAAUCAAGUAGGAGGAGGCUUUAACCCCAAUACUCCUGUUAAUAGCCCUUCAGAUUAUCCGCGAAGAAACUCUAUUAGCAGAGACAAUAUCGUAGUUACAUUGCGUGAUCACGAGGACAAAGAAAAUGGUAAAGACCAGACUUGGAAAUCAGUGAGAAUUCGUUCACCAGCAAAGGGUACAAAGAAUUUCAUGUCUCCAACAAUUUCUGCAGCUUCAAAAAUCAAUGCAUCUCCGAAAAAGAAAAUCUUGGCUGAUAGGAAUGAGCAAAUUCGCACUUCGAUUUCAUUUGCUGAUGCAAAAAGCCCUUUAAUGGAAGACUUGGACUCAAACCCUGACAAGGGUUUGAAUCAGAAGAAGGAGGUCUCGUUUGAUUCGACAGUCAUUUACUUGGCGGACAAUAAUGAUUCCAAAAGUGAGAAACGUGUUGAUUUGAUGGUAGAUUCAAGUGCUAAAGAUGAUUUGGACUUGUCAUCAAAGAAACUAACUGUUGAGAAGGAUUGUGUUAAUCUUGAUUCAAGUUUUAAGAUUAAUCCAAGGGUCUCUAGUUCAUUGCCAAGUCCUGCUUUGGCACCUCUUGACGCAGAUCCAUCAAUGCCUCCUUAUGAUCCUAAGACUAAUUACCUCUCACCAAGGCCUCAGUUUCUUCAUUAUAGGCCUAACCCGCGAGUUGAGCUUUAUCUAAACAAGGAAAGAGAUGGCCAAUCACUUGAUGAGAUUUUUGCAUCUGAAUCCUCAGAAACUGAAGUUAGUGAAGCUGAAGACAGUCACUCUGAUGAUUUGCAGAAAGAAUCGGAUGCUUCUUUAGCCAAUGAGGUGAAAAAAGAAGAGGAAUCGGAGGAGCUGCUGCUAAUAUCUGAACCCAACCCCAUUAGUACUUUUGUGGAGGAGGAGAAGGAAGAGCUGCUUGUAUCUGAACCCAAUUCCAUUAGUACUUCUGUGGAGAAGGCUAGAGAGAAAAGGGUGUCUAAAUCACAUUUCUUUACAAGAAGAAAGUUCGAUGCUUUGCUUUUUGUCCUGACUGUUGGAUUUUUAUAUGCUUCGUUUUCUAAAUCCCCAGUCAUGGAUCCUUCUGUGCUGAAUAACUUGACCUUCCCUGAGCCGUAUGUCCCACCUGAACUCUCAGAGUAUGCCAGGCAAAGUUUUGAAGCUCUAGCUCAUAAGGUCCAGCUUUGGCUGCAUCAGUGUAUUUGUUACACACACAAUCUGAUUAACAGCUUCAGAGGUGGGCACAACCUGGGUUCCUUGCAGUAUGCCAAUUUGACCAUUUUGGUUGAAGAUGGCAUAGUUGGUGGUCAAUUUGCAUUUGACCAGAGCAUUUUAGGAUCAAAAGUUAAGUACGAAGAGAAAGUUUCAGCGCCCAUAAGUGCAGCAGAGGUAGACAUUAAGCUAGUAGAUGAAUGGGAUCAACCAACUACAGCUGAUGAGGACAUUAAAGAAGUUGCAGGAGAUAAUAAUGAUGGGUAUUUUGAUAGUGUUCCAGAUCCUGAAGAGGUUAGCGUUCCCGAGUCUGAAGAAGUAAAUCUGCUCCCCCAAUCUGAGGUGACUGGACCUGGUAAGGAGGUCAUCCAAGAAAGUGCUGAAACCGCUGCUAACGUUGUGAAGCUGCAAAGUAACAUAGACCUUGAAGACCAGUUUGUACUGAUCCCACAAGCUGCUGAAAUUCAACCAGAAAUCUUGAAUUCCAUGCAAUGUCGAGGCAGGGAUGCUAUUAGUUCUGCAGAUAUUGAGUCCCCUGCAGCAGAGGACAAUUUGGAAAUACUUGAAGGAGCUGCCACAGAAAAUCCACGAAGUUCAGAAGAAGCAAAUCUGUUCCCCCAAUCUGAGGUGACUGGACCUGGUAAGUCAACACAAGAGGCCAUCCAAGAAAGUGCUGAAACCGCUGCUAACGUUGUGAAGCUGCAAAGUAACAUAGACCUUGAAGACCAGUUUGUACUGAUCCCACAAGCUGCUGAAAUUCAACCAGAAAUCUUGAAUUCCAUGCAAUCUCAAGGCAGAGAUGAUAUUAGUUUUGCAGAUAUUGAGUCCCUUGUAGCAGAGGACAAUUUUGAAAUACUUGAAGGAGCUGCCACAGAAAAUCCACGAAGUUCAGAAUUAGUGAACACACAUUCAGCACAGAGAAUGGUGGGGAUUUCCUUGAUUGUUUUCAGUCUACUUGGGACAGUCUUCAUUUAUAUGAAAAGUCGAGCUCCCACAGCUCAAAACGCUACAUUUACAGUGGAUCAAGUGCCAAUUACUAAGAAAUUGGAUUUUUGCCCACUGUCAGUCGCAGCAGAACAUGAAGACAUUGCUGGAGAGUCAUGCUCAUCAGAAAUGAGCAGCUUCAGCUUGUCUUACAGCAAGAAAGGACAGAAGGGAAAAAGUGAAGCUCAAAACUUCAAGCCUAGGAAGAGCAAUCACAGGAGAGAAUCCAUGGCUUCGUCAGACUAUUCCGUCGGUUCCAUGGGUUCGCCUUCUUACGGCAGCUUCACCACGUAUGAAAAGAUCCCAAGCAAGCAUGGAAAUGCAGAUGAAGAGGUGAUCACUCCAGUUAGGCGCUCAAGCAGAAUCAGACACCAAGUCAUUUCUCCAUGACCUGUUCAAAAAGAAUUUCUGGAUGAUGGCACAAUUCUCUUGUGAUUUUGUUGUGAUUGAAUCACUAUUUAGUUGCUGACAAGCUACUUUAACAACAUAGCUUAAUUUGAUUGCUUGUAAUCGAGCUCAACCCUGUUGUUGGGGGGAGUGCUUCAACUAUAUUGAGUCUUCAGUAGAUUUCCGUUGUUAAAGGUUGCUCUGAUUGUUUAGGCUACUUUGAAUUGCCCCUAUAAAAAUCAUUGUUUCGGGUUUA